UAUAGUUUAUUUUGUCUCAAACUCGCUAUUAUAGUUGGUAUUUAAACUUACAGUUUAUUCUUUUGUAUGUCUACCAUAAGAUUACCGUCAAUCUAACUGUCAAAAUGGUACUCCUUCUCUACGUGCUGUUCCUUACUCAAGCCGUUCUAGGGAAUACUAACUUGGACAGCUGUGACGAAGAUUGUACUUGCAUUUCAGGGAUUUUGAAGUCCAAAAAAUCUUGUGAAAGUGUUCCCGAGGCGUUUAGAAAUUUAAACAUAACUCCGAACUACGUAGAAGUCGCACCGAAGGAUAUUCUAGAGGUGGACUAUAGCACGGCAAAAGUUAAUUUAGGAAAUUUCAUACCUCCUCUUAGACUUGUUGACGCUAAAACUAUAAGUUACAAUAAAGGGAAAAAACGUGGAUAUUACACAUUGCUAUCUAUCGACUUUGAUGGCGAGUCAAAUGGAAAAAUUAUCACCCUUUUGAUGAAUAUAAGGAAUGUGGAGAACAUCGUACCAACAUCUGGAGAUGUGAUAGUCUUGUUUACACCGCCCUUACCUGCUUUAGGAAGCGGAGUCCAUCGUCAUGGAAAGUUGUUGUACGAGCAAAAAGGACAUAUUGAUGCAUACCAACUAGAUCUUUUAAAACUAUCGAGAUAUCCAGUAAUACCAAACCUUACACAAUUCACGAAGACCUAUCACCUUGGAAACCCCGUCGCUGGUAACGUGUAUAUAACGGAGUUGAGACACUGUGACGGGUCUGAUGAAUGUUCAAACAAGGACGGCAGUGUAAAACAAUGUGAAAGAUUAUGUAAAAUUCUGUCAAACUGCGAUAGUGAUCAAAUAGAUAAAACGCAAUGUGGUGCACAUGAUAACUAAUUUAAAAAUUAAAUUUUGUUUUUGUGUCUAUUAAAAUAAAUAAAUAUUGGUUA